UCCCUAAGGUCACAUCGUAUGUGGCACUCUUAAGCUCCCUUUCCAUCUCCUUGUUUUUUGCUUUCUGUUUCUUUAUGCAGUCUGUGGCUUGAAGAAACAAAAAUAACUUCAGUUUCAUGGCUGCCGUACGUUCGGGCUUGAAGAGUUAAUUCUGCAGGUUUUGUUGAGCGGUCAUAUAGACCUACAUUCAGAAUUAUUCAUAUUCCCCUCUGGCUUCCAGUCCAUUUUGCUUCUCUUAAUUUGAGUGUCCCUCUCUGUCCAUUUGCGUGAGCCCUAAAGGGGGAAAAGCAUGUGCUCAACUAGCAAAUCUGCUGAAACUAUAAGCAGAGACCGUUUUGAUGGCUUAAAGGAAGAAGUAGCAAAAGAAGAAGAGGAAGAAGAAGAAGAAGAAGAAGAAGAGGAAGACGACAGUGAUGAUGGUGAGUGUAACAGUGAAGAAGAAACAAUGAGAGGAUCAAGAGAAGGCAGAUUCUUGCACAGGCUUUCGCAGAGAUUCCCAGUCAUUGCCGCUCUUGAAAAGCUCCCCUUGAACCAGGCUGGAGAGGAAUUACAGUCGCUCAUGAAGAUCGCGUGCCCAAUCGUGAUGACCACACUGCUCAUCUUCUCAAGGUCGGUGAUCUCCAUGCUCUUCCUUAGCCACCUCGGCAAGGAUGAGCUGGCCGGCGGGUCCCUAGCCCUUGGCUUUAGCAACAUUACGGGCAACUCAAUCCUGAAGGGCCUUGCGAUAGGCAUGGACCCAAUCUGUGCCCAGGCCUUCGGGGCGAAGCGGUGGUCAGUCAUGAGCCAGACGUACCAGAAGACCCUGUGCCUGAUGCUCCUUGUGUGUGUCCCGAUCUCGGCCCUCUGGCUCAACAUGGAGUCAAUCUUCUCCUGGCUCGGCCAGGACCUGGAGAUCACCCGCAUUGCCCAGGUCUACAUGGUGUUCUCAAUCCCUGAGCUCUUUGCCCAGGCUUGCCUCCAUCCAUUGAGAAUCUUUAUGAGGACUCAGGGCGUGACCACACCCCUCACAAUAGCCUGUGUCUGGUCGGUGAUCCUGCACUUGCCCAUCAACUACUUCCUGGUGGUCUACUUGGGCCUCGGUGUGAAGGGUGUGUCGCUCGCCCUCGGUUGGAACACAAUUAACCUCAAUCUCGGCCUGCUCAUCUACCUGGCCACAUCAGACACGAUCCUGAAGCCGUGGCACGGGGCCAGCCUCCCCUCAAUCCUCCAGGGGUGGCGGCCGCUUCUGGCCCUGGCCUUGCCGAGCUGUGUCUCAGUGUGCCUCGAGUGGUGGUGGUACGAGAUCAUGCUCUUCCUCUGUGGCCUGGUCAGCAACCCCAAGGCCUCAGUCGCAGCAAUGGGAAUAUUGAUUCAAACGACCGGGUUGCUGUACACAUUCCCGUUUGCACUCAGCUCGGGCCUGUCCGCACGCAUUGGGCAGGCCCUGGGCGCGGGGCACCCAUCCCGAGCCCAGCUCAUAACUAUUAUCGGGAUUGCCGCAGCGGUCGCCUUCGGGCUCACCGCCCUCGUCUUCAUGAUCGCCAUCCGGUCGGUGUGGGGCCGGAUCUACACAGACGAUCCACAGAUCCUCAAAUUGGUCUCCUCUGCACUCCCGAUCCUUGGCCUUUGUGAGCUCGGGAACUCCCCUCAAACCGCAUCCUGUGGGGUCCUGACGGGGACAGCCCGACCCAACGUCGGGGCCCGCAUAAACCUGUUCUCGUUCUACGUGGUCGGACUGCCCGUCGCGGUGCUCACCACGUUCCAAUUCAAAGUCGGGUUCCGUGGUCUGUGGUUCGGACUACUGGCAUCCCAGAUCUCCUGUGUGUGCUUGAUGACUUACACAUUGAUUCAGACGGAUUGGAAGCAUCAGGUCAAGAGGGCCGACGAGCUGACAAUGGUCCCUAACACUGGAGACCCUAACGCUGGAGACCAGAAUGACUUAGAGUCCGGCCUGCUCCCUGAUCAGUGAUUAAAUUGCAACAAAAGAAAAAUAAAAAAACAGAAAGACAAGAUUGUUGACAAGAUUUU